AGGUCAGCAGAUGAGAUGAUGAUUUUCAUCUUCAAGUUUGCUUCUGGAGGACCUCAGGCCGCCACUCGGUGACCCACUCUCCAAGGUUGUCCUGUCAAUAAUGUUUUCCUUCAGCUCUCCUUUCCCAUUUAGCAGGCGCUCUUGCGGUGAAAGGGAUCCUGCGUCAUUUUGCUGGAAGCCUUAGUUGGCAAUGUAUCCACACAUGUACAAUCUCUCGCUUGCGUCGCCAUACUGUCAAUUCUCUCACGGUGUCAGCAGCUGAAUACGCUCACAGCCUUAUCCCACGCCAACCCAAAGCAAGGGCGACGGGCGGGCCGCCUCUUGUGGAUCAAUCAUCAUCAACAAGCUGCAGAAGCUGAUCCAUCUGACCCAAGUCACCCAAUCCAAAGGAACAUGAUUGCUCAACCCAAAAAGCAUCGGCAUUGCAGAUCUCAUCGCUACACGAACUCGAUUGUGCUCGCACCGACCAUCGCGAUUUCAACAAGCCACGAGCCUGCAAGUUCUUCACCUCACCAACUAAUCAAGUCAGGGCCUAGGACUUAAAGUCUGGGCAGGGUUGCAAUUAGGGUAUUAGGCCCCCUUGGCGCAUAUUCAGCUGCAGGAAAGGGUGUUCGUGUCCACUCAUCGACCACUCAUGAUUGCACGAAGGAGCGGCUGGCCUGGGCGUCCCGACGAUCGCCAUGCGAAUCCGGCCUCAUCAAGAAAAGGAAUGUCGCUCCGCCCAGUUGCUAUCACCUUUAUAAACUCUGCCGACCACACGACAAAGGGUAAGCAGACCUUUACCCAUCGGUGCUUCGCCAGAUAGCCACAAUGCCUUUCCAACAUGUCAAUACCAACCCGUUCAAUGAGGGCGAGCCUGCCCCAAAAGGACAGCCGCGUCGGCUCGUACUUUGUUUCGAUGGUACCGGAAACCAGUAUCAGGGAACGGAGGAGGACACAAAUAUCGUAAAGAUAUAUGAGAUGCUUGAAAGGCAUAUUCCGGGACAGUAUCACUACUACCAGCCCGGCAUUGGAACUUUGACGUAUGUCAGAGGGUCCAACCGUAACUCUGCGGGACCUAGUCUAUGGUCAAGGUUUAGAGCACGCGUCAGUGCCAUCCUAGACCAGGGCUUUGGCGUGUCCUUUGUCAAUCACCUCCUCGCAGGCUACAAGUUUGUGAUGCGCUACUAUUCACCAGGUGAUCAUAUUUACAUCUUCGGCUUCUCUCGCGGCGCAUAUACGGCUCGGUUCCUGUCUGAGAUGAUUCACAGUAUUGGCCUCCUCUCGCGCGGGAACGAAGAGAUGGUGCCAUUCGCGUGGGAUACAUUCAGUCAAUAUCAGAGCUCACGUGGAAAUGUCCCACAAACCGACAAGGACCGCGAACUGGAGCGAUACAUGAAAAAGUUUAAAAGAACAUUUUGUCGCCCUGAUGUCGCUGUACACUUCCUCGGCCUUUUCGACUGCGUCAACAGCGUCGGUCAGUUCGAGAUCCCACUAUUUCGAAAGUCCUAUCGAUACAUUGCCAGCCCUUGUGCGCGACAUAUUCGACACGCGGUCUCAAUCCACGAACGUCGGCUGAAGUUCAAACCGGCCCUCUUUCACCUCGACGAGGAGACUCGCAAAACCGUGGACUUUAAAGAAGUCUGGUUCGCCGGGAACCACGGCGACGUGGGCGGCGGGUGGCCGUUACAUGACGGCCAGAAACAUUUGCUGUCGGAUAUCCCGCUAAACUGGAUGAUUCAAGAAGUUUUGAGCUUGCCAGAGUCGGAAAGUAAGCUGUCAUUCAUGACGACCAACGUGGCGAAGACGGUCCGAGACGCGACACAGUCGCUGUGCAGAGACGAGGAGCCGGGUACAGAGGGAUUUCAUGCCCAGCAGAUUACGAAUAAGCCACAUGACAAGCUUCGGUUUGGGCACGGUGGAAGCGCGAUAUCUGUUAUGCUGUGGUGGAUUUUAGAGGUCCUCCCGGUAGCAACGCGCCUAGAGCUCGAAGGCGGAAAAUGGGUCCCUCGACGUCUUCCACCAAACUUUGGAGCCGCAAGAGAUAUCCCCUGUGGAGCAGAGAUUCAUCCUAGUGUGUAUGAGAUGCUGGAAUCCGGCAUAUUAAAGGACUUUCCGAUCCCGAAGCCGGGAGGAGAUAAUCCAAAUCUACCUCCGAGCUUUGUGAAUGAUGAGGAGCGACAUAUCCAGAGCGCAGCUGAAGGGACUGGUUGUGGGUGCAAAUAAGGCAUUUUCUUUUCAAUAUUUGAUGAUAUAUGGUCCUCGAGAUGAUGGUAUAAUGGUGAGAUGAUCGCAUGGGUACUGUUUGUAUAAGGUUGAUGGAAUUGGCUCUCGGCUUAAUCGUUCUGAACGGGGUUUAGGAUGUCUUUACUUUAAUUAUAAAUAUCUCUAUACCAUUUUCUCUUUCGCA